CCAUUUAAAAAAUAUAAAAUAUAUAAAAAUAUAAAGAAUUUUCACGGUUUUCUUGAAUUUUUUACGUGAUGUACAUUUGUUCGAUUUUAAAUGAUCAAUCUACAGAAAUCAUUAAAUUUAAAUUUAAAACUUAAAGAGAUAAAAAUAAAUAAAACUGCUAAGACAUAGGUUUCAAAACAAGGUCAAGACCUUACAAUUAGGAUAUUUUGUAUAGGUUUAAUUUUGUUGUGGCCGACUAUACAUUAACAUAAAAGAUUUGUAUAUGUUUAAGUAUUAAAUUGCUUAUCAACUCUAAAAAAUGUUGUUAGAACAUAUCUUCGAUUUGUUUUCAAAACCCUAAGAAAACCCGUUAAUGCAGAUUUCAGCCUUAGUAGUUAUUCAGUCUUUAGGCUAUUAUUAAAAGUUAAUGGUGUUUCCCAGGCUUAUCCAGUCUGAAAACCAGUCGCUGCAGAGACAUAAUUAAAGUUCAAACUCACGGCUGCCGAUUAAUGCCAAAAAAACAUAAUGUGCAGAGGCAACAAUUAAAAAUAUUUAAUUGAAUGCAACAAUUACAAUUACAACAAUUGGCAGCGGCGGUCGAAAGAACGGCUCGACCUCGACAUGCAAAGCUUCUCAUCGCGGAGAGCGAACGAUCGAAAGACUGAGUGUGAGAGAGAGCCGGCUUAGCUUUCGUGAGAGAGCAUAACGGCUUUUACUGUUAGCCGGGCCAAGCUGUCGAUCGCAGCAGCAGCUGACUUCAGUCUGCCGCUCGCUUGGCUACAAGGCGGACGCACUAGCUCCGGUUCUGCUCUCCAGCCGCUUUCCAAGUCACGAAACCCGUUCGCGACCGUCGCUCUCGAUUCCGCCUCGAUUCGGAUUCGGACUCGAACUCGUAUUCCGUUCGCGCAUGCGCCGCCACCUCUGAGUACUCGGAGUGCCGCAGAGUGUGUUGUUUCGUAACUCGUGUCCCAGUUUCGCUUCGGCGUUCGCUUUUCAUUUCGUUGCGCUGGAGUCGCCGCCGCUCGCUUGUUGGCCAACCGAAAUGCAUCAUUGAGUCAAGUAGCCAAAGCCCAGAGCCCUGCAAAGCCCACAAAGCCAACCGAUUUAAGCGGCCAAGUGAUGUGCAAUCGACUCGAUCCGCCGACAGGAUUCAGUUUGGGAUUAAGACAACAGCAGCCACCGGCCGGAGCAUGAGAUCGCAUGUGUCCGUUUACAGGGCACCAGACACUGCACCUCCACCACAACCAGCAUCUAACUACGCUCCGCUCCGAUACCAUCACCACCAUCAGCCGCCACCGCCGCAGCCGCAUCAUCCGCUGAGCCAUUGGCCUGGAGUCCAGCCAGCAGCACCAACGCCGACUCUUUCGCAACCUCCGGCCUACAGACUACACCAUGGUCAUCCGCCACCCAGCUGGUCGGCAGCACCUGUGGCAGCCACUGCAGCCCAACCAGUUGGCUACGGCGGCGUGGUCAACCAGCAGCGGAUUAACGAAUGCGCCGGCAUACCGCUCAUCUCGAAUGCCUCCACUCACUUGUCGCCUGCCCAGCGCCAGCGGCUGUUGAGAAAAUCUGCCCCCAAAUCGCCGCAAGCGUGGCCCCCGGGCGGAGCCUCCAUGUCCCAGCUGGCGGUGCACGCCCAGGGAAUGCCCCUGCUUCAGCAGAAUGGAAAGCAACAUCAUCAGCAGCAGCAACAGCAGCAUCACCACCAUCAGCACCACCCGCAUCCGCAUCCCGGGCCGCCCAACUGGAGUGCCUAUCAGGCUAUGGCCAGUCCCAGCUUUAAGCUUGCGGACAAAUCCCGAGUUCUGCGCUACCAAAACUCUGCACCGCCGGUGCUUAGUAGCAGCAGCAGUAGCCAAGAGAAGCCACAAAAUAGUGUUGCCAGCUGCCAGGAUCAGACCAACCCAUCGGAGACCUGUUUGCCGAGGAUUAUCAAGCCGCGAAAGCGACGCAAGAAGGAUCGCAAGCCGGGCAAUGGAUUGCUACUCAAGAUGGAGUCGGAUAUGCAGCCCAAGAUUACCAACCAGAGCGAGGCCUAUUUGUUGGGAGGAGGAGCAGUAGGAUCCUAUCACUUGCAGUCCGGGAUACUGCAGCACGAUCACACGCAUGGCGUUUGUUUCUGUCGCGAUUGCGAUCCGCUUCGCUCUCUGUGGGACUACCCGCUCCGGCGAUCCCUUUCGGAUGCCUCGUCCAGCGAACAGGGAGGCAGCAGCAGCAAGGAGUCCUCCACCUCCACUUCCUCCACCUCGUCGACGCAUAGCUCGGACAGCGACAGCUCAAUCUGCAGCCAGAGCUUGCCCAGCUCGACGUCUUUGGCCUUGCAGGAGGAGACCACGGAGGAGUUUGCACCCAUCACCGGGGACAGCAGUCGGGCGGAUAUAGUGGGCGUGAUCGGAUCCCAGCGGAGCCACCCAAGUGCGGUAACCACGCCCUCGCAGUGCCUGAGCGAUGACUCCGGGUACGGCGACAUCCUGAGUGGGAUCAACAUAGCCAACGAUCUGUUUGGCAAUUGCUUCAGAGGCGGGAAGCUGGGCAACGCCUCCUCCUCCUCGAUAUCCGCCCAGGCGGAGACCCUGCUGGACGAGAGUCUCAAUGAGAUAUCACGCAAGCUGAUCGAGACUUGCAAUGCGGCCGAUCAGGCGGUGCUGGGAUCUGGAUCGGGAUCGGGAGCAGCGAGCGACAGCGGGUUGGAUAGCGCUGGCAGCCACAACUGCGAUUCGGGUCUCGUCUUUAACUUUGAGCGUUUGAAUCUGACGGAUGUGACGCCCACAGCCUUGGAUUUUCUGGUGGAUUUCAACAACAACAACAACAAUACCAGCAGCACCAAGAACUGCAGCUCCGGCAGCAACAACUGCCUGGGCUUGGUGUGGCGUGGAGGAAGGCAACCAAAUGCUAGCGGAGGUGGCAGCCACGAUGACAGCCAAGUGGCAGCUGCCAAACUGGGCCCAGACAGCCGGGCCACACCCGCCAGGCUGAUACUGGGCACGGUGGGUAAGCUGAAGCCAGCGUUUUCCACCAUCUCGUGACGACGACGACAAUGGAAAAUCAAAUCAAAAUCGAAGAAGAAUGAAAAAGAGCCGAGUCCCUGCGCGUGGGCGGAUUUUGAUUGGAAAAUUUGAGUCUACCGAAAGCACUUGGGAGUUUCUACCAAAAGCAAUAACCAAACCUGAGCCCAAGUUGCAUAAUCCCAGCGAAGCGAAUGAAGAAAGAAGAAAACCCAUUAAAUGGGUACAAAGCACAUGUGAGAAGAUCAUCACAUCAUCAUCAUCAACUCAGUCGCCGCUACGAUCACCGAACAGCGAACUGCGAUCAACGAUCAUCGAAGCGAAAAACAAAAGGCCAACGAGUUGACCAAAUGGGCCCAGGCAGGCAAGCAGGCGGAUGGAUGGAAGCGAUCCCAACUAAAUGGGAAACUUAUGAAGACAGGCCGGGACUGGGGACUGAGGACUGGAAACCUUGUACAUACCACAUACACACUCCGACUCCGAUUCCGUCUACGAAUCCCACUUCCACUUCAACUUUCACUUUCACUGCGCGCGUCACCGGCGGCGUUUUGUAUUUCUGUAUUUUUAAGGCACAUUUUUCUUUUCUUUUUCUUUUUGCCAAAGACCACAACGGAUGCGGAGGAGGAAUAAGUGGAGAUAGGGGUUACGGGGAAGGGUGCGACUCUUAUGCAGAUUUUGUGGCGCAAAAAGAAGAAGAAACUGUAGAAAUCGUGUGGAGAUCACAUGCGAACCAUGCGAACCUAUAACUAUACCUAUGCCUAUAUCUAUGUAUCUCUAUCUACCCUACACAUACAUUUAAUUGCCGUUGUUAUUUGUGCAUUAACGUAAUCCCUCCCAUAGGGCCAGGAGAAACAGAAACCUACCUAAGGGUCUUGGGACUUGGCUUGUCCAUGUGUUAGCUUGUAUCUUUCGAGUUUAAGCAACGUUCCUACAUGUUAGUUGUGUGUAUUUUUAUAUAGUUUUUGGGUUCUCCUUAACGUUAUCUGGUUUAGUCGGUGUGGUUUUUUACUUAGUCCGUAAUCGAAGCGCUACAACGUGAACUUUUAUAGCUGAUAAGUUUGGCUAGGGUCUAAGAUAACCUUAGGAACACAUAGAAAGGAUCUCUGGUGGUUUUAUUAGAGUCUUAAAUUGUCUGUUACAAAAUUGAAAUUAUUAUGUGCAAUGCGUUUCAGAACUGAACUCAAGUCGAGCCUUUAAAUCUUUGUUGAGGCAGAAGUAAAGUGAAUAAUCGGAUAUAGAUAAAGUCAUUCUGAAACGCAUUGCAGCAGAGAACUAAAAACUCCUAUCUUUCCCCUAGAAUAUUCGUCAGUUAAUAGUAAGAGUUAGGCAUUCAUUCUCACUCUGAUACAUGGGGUUAUAUCUAUCGUGUUAUGUUUUCGAAUUAUGAUACUCAUUGCGCCUAAAACAGCCAAAGGAGGGAAGCAAAAUCUGGUGCACAAUUAAUUCCAACUGAGAUGAUCGCCAAGCAUAAAAUCUAAAUCUGAAAAUCGAGAGCAGCCCUAGUUACCUGCUUAGCUGUUGUGUUGGAGAGUUGGCGAGUAAAAGUUUUCGCCUUUUUUCUCUUUUCUUUUUAAUUAAAAGAAACUCACGAACAACGCGCGCACAGAAAUUGCUUGAAGUUUUCCGCUCUGCUCGACUCUGGCUCAGCCUGGCUUGGCUUGGCUUGGCUGGUAUCGUGUGGUGGCUCAGAGUCUUGGUCUCAGCAUCUUGGCAUCAACAUUUUCUGCCAUUGCUGCUGUGGAAAAUGUCACAGAUUUUCUAUUGGCAGCAGGUUCCGGCAGUCAGGCAGGCUGGCAGUUUGUGUUACUAUUCCCCAGAUAGAAAUUACCACUCAAAGUUAAUUUAUUUAAUUAAUAUAUAUUUUCACUAGAUCGUAUUGUUGUGUGCUCUCUCGUAUAGUGUAAGCAUAUCGUUUUUGCACAAAUAACAAUAAAUAUAGUCUAUAAAGCUCCCCCCAUCGUUUGUAACCCACACACACCAUACACACAUGCACACCAAACACAAUAUGGCCAACUUAUUUAUUUUGAUUAAGCCCGAACGAGAACUCAAUAAAAAGUGUAAACAAAAAUGUCAAACAAAAAGAACUUGAUUGCUGUUUUGAUAGCCCCAAAAUGAAAACCAUACACACACUGGGUAUACAUAUGUAUAUUGUUGAAAAGGCCCACAACUCGCAUCUUCUAAUGAGGCACGUUUGAGCCGACUUUGAGCCGGAAAAGCAAACAGAACGUAGGCCCAAAAGCACUCGGAACCUAACCGAACUGAACCCCUCGGAUACCCCGGAUACCUCCGAUCCCUUUGAAUGCACUACUCGAAAAUGAACUUUCCAAACAUUAGCCGGGGCUCUUAAAUCGCUGCUGCACCGAGAUUUCAAAUAGCAAAAGCCAAGUGGGAACCUCUGCUGGCUGACCACCUUUCACCUGGAUGAAUCUUCUGGUGGUUGCUUCUGGUUUGCCGGCUUUCGCAAAAAGAUUAACCGCUGUCAUAACCGUAACCGGCAAAUUAAUUUCUGGGCAUUUUGUGCCCGUCAUUAGGCUAAUUAAUGUCUCCAUUUUAGGGCCUCAUUUUGAUGUUCAAGUCGGAGCUGGGGUUCUGAGCGAGGUCUAACUGCUUGUUAAGUUGCCUUCUCUAAAGACGCCAGUUUUCCGGCUCGAUUUCAGCUCUGCUCUGCUCUUCUUUCUCAACAACAGCAAAGCUCUGGAGGUCCGAACUCGGACCACUCCGGACCCGGACAGCGGACGAGAGGAGCGUUCGACGUUGAGUGGGUCAGUGGACAAUUGGGUCAUUUGCAACACUGUUUGCGCCAUCAGCCAUCACAGCUAGCACCACCGGGGAGCAACAACAACGGUGGCUAAUGUGUUUUGGCUACGUCAAUAAAUGCGUCGCGUUGUUGUUCUCGCUGCCUCGUUGUUGCUGCAGCCAUAGACCAUAGAUAUUGCCGCUGGCCAACGAAGCGGGCCAUCUUUCUUAGCGUCGUCUUCCAACAUGCCAGCCUUUUUUUUCUCUCUUUUCCUUCUAGCGUCUGAAAUUUAAUUGUUUUUCCUCACCUUCCCUCGCUGCUGCGGGUAUUCCAAAUUUGUCGUUCUAUUUGUGGCGUUUUUGCGGCGGAAAUUAAUGUUCAAGUUGAAGUUUACUUAAGAUUUGUAUUAUUUGUUGUAUAAUUUUAUUUAUUUUGUGUAUAAAAUUGCAGUAUAUGUUGAACUUUUGUAAUCAUCAAGAUCCUGGCAACAUUGUCUUUAUUUGGUUGUUGUGCAACAUGUUCCUUGCAACCUUGUUCCUUCAUCUGCCUUCAGCAGUGUUUAAUUUAGGUAUUUCAUAAAUUU